GUCACUGAGGCGACGGUCCGUAUAGCGGUUCCUUUAGAAUUUUGGCAGGAAUAACUUGGAAGCGGCAGGUGAGUCUGCUAUAUGUGAGGACUGUAUGCUCGUGUAAUCUCCUGAUAUGUAAAGCUGUCUCAUUCUGAAACUCACCUUUCUGUGUUGCUGACGUGAACCUUGCUGUUGGUGGAAAACGUAAACCCGAGGGCUGCUACGCACGUGUGCCCGAGGUGGUCAGUUGGCAAAAAAAUGCCUAGCGACAGGCUGAGUAGCGUCAUCGGCUUAACGGUGGGCAUUACGGCGGCAGGUGCGGGUCUUCUCGUUUACUACAUAUACUCUUCACGGAGAAGGACGACGGGACGUGAGCAGACAAGAAGCAGCAGCCCUUCACCUCGGCGCCGAGUCGUCAAUGACAAGACCACGGGGCCCAGCGCGGGUACGGAUGGAGGGGCACCUGCGUGCCAAGCCUCUCAGUUGAGGUAUGAACUUAGAGAUGUCGACAGCCGAAUGUUGGCUCCAGCUGAGCAAGAGGAGCUGUGGUGUCGCCUCGAUCUGAUCCUACAGUGCGUUUCUGAACUACGGGAGGAAGUAGCCGACAUAAGGAGGAACCUCCAAGAAGUUGUCUCUCAGAUCAUCAAAGAAGUGAGGUCUACCAUAGAGAAUAACCAGAAGACAGCACGGAAAAGGAGACAUCUAGUUAUGAGAGAGCGCACGGAUUCCAUGAGCUCCAGCUCGAUUUACUUCACGGCUAGUGUGGGGACAAAUAGCAUGUAUGAUGGAGAGAGUGAAGGAGGCUAUACUACUGCCAAUGCAGAAUCUGACUACAACGGGGAGUCUGAUUACCAAGGAGACAGAGAGACCGACAGAGAGACUGAUGAAGAUGAAACAAGUUGCGCCACCAUAAGAACAAUACAACAAGGUGCCGAGGAAGAUGAAGACCCUUUAGCAGAUGCAAAUCUAGACCUCAACCUGGAAGUGUUACGUAGCCUACUGAGUCAGAGUGAUGAGCUGCACUCAGGAUCCAGCAAGGACAAAAUGGAAGGCUUUCAGCUGCUCCUGGGCAAUGAUUUUGUGUAUGAAGAUCCAGAAUUUCUGUGGCGAUUAGCUCGUGCUUACAAAGACAUGUAUGAAAUCAGUGAGGAUGAAGAGGAAAUGAGAUCUUACAUAGAACGUGGCAGAGAAGUUGCAGAGAUGGCUGUUAAGAAAAACGUCCAGAAUGCAGAGUGUCACAAGUGGUUUGCUAUAUUCACUGGCUUGAUGUCACAGUAUGAAGCUAUGCAUGGCCAGAUUAAGGGAGCAUACAUUUUUAAGAAACACAUUGAUCAAGCAAUCUGUUUAAAGCAAGAUGAUCCAGAUUGCUACUAUCUUCGUGGGCGAUGGUGUUAUGAGGUGUCCAACUUGGGCUGGCUGGAGAGAAAGGCGGCAGCUGCCUUAUAUGAGAAUCCUCCCAGUGCCACUGUCAGUGAUGCAUUACAGGACUUCCUCAAGGCAGAAGAGCUCAGUCCUGGUUUUUCGAAGUCUGCAAGGCUCUAUAUAGUAAAGUGUUACAAAGAUUUGGAAAACGACACAGCUGCUUCACACUGGUUAUGUUUAGCAUCACAGAUGACAACUGUUUCAAAAGAGGAUCGAAAACUGGAAGAAAUGCUGCAAGGAGCUUGUGAUAAGUGAAUGUGCAAUGACAUUAGCACGUCAAUAUUGGGAGCAACUAGAAGUCAGCCUGAGUCAAGAAGUUAGACUGUAACAAUUAAGUGAGUUAUGUGGAACACAAGAAGGGAGGAAGGAAGGAAACAUUCCAAUUACAAGCCCAGUGUUUUGAAUAAAAAUGUUGUCUCCUGAGGUUAAUUCAAUGACUUCACCUGUGAACUCUGUCAAGAAUAUUGUACAUCAAACGCAUGUACAAGCAUUCUUACUGUCACUUUUAGUUCAUUUGAUUUUACAGUGUCUGGGAUUGGCUCCAGCAGACCCCCGUGACCCUGUAGGAUAUAGCAGGUUGGAUAAUGGAUGGAUGGUAUUUAAGUAGAUUUGUUCUCCUGUAGAACUGAAUCAUUUUAUCUACAGUACCUAUAAGAAGUAUUCAACCCUUGUAAGUUUUUACAUUUUAUUGAAUCGUGGUAGAUUUAAUUUGUUUUGUUUUGUUGACACGGAUCAGCAGGAAAAAGUCUCUUUAAUGUUGGUGAAAACAAAGACCUCAGCAAAGAGGUCUAAACAAAUUAAAACUCAAAAUAAAUGAUCCCAUAAGUAUUCAAGUCAGAUGGCAUCUGUGACAGCCUUUGUACAUCUCCCCAGCUCUGUCAGGUUGUAAGAGGUCCAACUACUGAGUCCCAAAUGGAUUGUGAUCUGGACUCGGGCUUAACCUCUCCAGGUCAUCAUAAUUCUUGUUAUUAAGCCAUCCUUGUGCAGCUUUGGCUUUAUGCUUGGGGUCAUUGUCUUACUUGAAAACAAAUCUUCUCCCAAGGUGCAGGUAUCUUGCAAACCACGUCAUGUUUUCCUCCAGGAUUUCAUUCAUUUAGCCCUUUACCAUUACAAGCCUUCCAGGGCCUGUUGCAGGGAAGCCUCCCCACAGCAUGAUGCUGCCACCACAGUGUGGUUUUUCCAACAUGCCAUUUCAUCUAAUUGCCUGAAGGCUCAACUUUGGUCAAAUCAAACAACUGAACCUUCUUCCGCUUUCGAGCAAACUCCAGGCAGGAUAUCAUGGACAUUUUCAACAGGUGCUUUUUCUUUAUGACUCUGUCACUAAAGGUGCGACUCUUGAAGCAGCCUUACACUGUCAUUGUCUGCACUGUCUCUCCAGUCUCAGCCACUAUAGUUCUCCUAGGUUUCUUGGUGACCUCCAUCACUACCCGCCUUCUUCUUGCACAGUUAGUUUUCUGUCGAUGACCUGUGUAGGAUGAGAAUGGGCAUCCCAGCUGGGAAGGAGCAUGGUUUAUUACCCAGAUGGGAAGCCAGAACGGAAUGACAGAUGGAUUGGCUGGCUGGACAGAAAGAUAACUUUGUGUCCAUCCAGUAUAAAAUUAUGGAUGGGCCAGAAGAAGCCAGAACUUGGGAACAGUUCCAUCCCCUGUUCCAUUCUGGUUUGGCAGCCCAGUUGCGAUACCCGCUGGGAUGCUUGGCAAUUGGUGUCCAGAAGUGCAGCCCUGUCUGGGUCCCUGGGCGCUGUCGAAGGAGGACUUCCCUACUUACUUUAUGGUGUUGAAGUGCUUCCAGGGAGACAUGGAAUAGCACCGGACACCUUCCUGGUUCCAGUUUAAAAGAGAGACCACUGCUUCGUGAUGACUCAUUGACACACAACAGGAGGAAGAAUUUAUUUUCUCUUGUGUAUUGUGGCUAGUAUUUGGAAUGAUGAUUAUUGUAGAGGUGUUGUGGUUAAAUAAAAAUCUUUUAUCCUAAAAGUGUGUUGCCAUUACAAUGCCCUGAGUUUGGGGCUUAGUGGUGCCCCCUGGUGGUUACACCUGCUUUGGUCAAACUUACGGCUGUCCCACACUCUUUCUAUUUUUUCAUGAUUGAUUUAAUUGGACUCCAGGAGAUUUUCAGUGACUUGGAUAUUUUCUUGUCUCCAUCCCCUGUCUUGUGCUUUUCAUGGAGUUGCUUGUUGUCUUCUUUUUGUCUUCACCUUAUAGAUUAGGGCACCAUACUGACUCAGCACAAGCUGGCCCUUCCACAUAAAAUCAACAGAAACCCCAGACAGGUGACCUUCAUUGAACUGAAGAUGAGACUUCUAAAACAAAUUGCCCCAGUGAUAAUUUAGGUGUGUCACAUUGAAGGGAGUGAAUACACCCGAGAUCAUUUAUUUUGAUUUUUUUUUUUUGGAAUUCAUUUAGACUACUUUACACAGAUUUGUUUUCACUUUGACAUUAAAUUGUCUUUAUCAUUUGAUUGCUGUUUUUUUUUUUUUUAAAAAAGGAAAAGUUUAGUUAAAUUUACUGUGAUUUAAUGUUGUGUAAAUAGAAAAUGGGUAAAACAUCCCGGGAGUGAAGACCUUUUGUAGGCACUGUAGGCUAAUGUCUCACCAUCUGUCUUCGUGUGCAGUUCAUCUUUGUGACUUAACAUGCAACACUAGCAAUGGGGUGAAGAACUUUUGGUAAUAUGCCUGUUGUAGACCUCUGAGAGGCUUUUGUUUAUUUCUUUAUAGAUAUCAUAAGUACCGUAUAUACUCACGUAUAAGUCGGAUCUUGAAACCCGAAAAUCGAUCAUAAAAUCAGACCCCAACUUACACGCCUGUUCAAAAAUGUGAAGCUAUUUUUUUUUUUUUUUUACAUCUUCUUACCUCCUCCAAUCUCGCAUCAGUUUCUCAGACGCAUUUUGAUGCAGCAGCGCAGUCACCAAUUUUUUUCGCUACUUCAACGAUGUUUCAUUUAAAACCAGCUUCCUAUUUUCGUAGAUAAGGGAUGCUCUUACAAUAAAGGUGUAUGAGGGUGCGAGAUACACAAAACAGUGCAAACGUCACUUCGGAAUAGUUUGGGUAUUACCGUGUGGUCAUGUAGGCACAAUACAUAGAAAAGGAAGGCCGUGUGCUCCGUGGUUACUCUCUCAGGUGGGCGUUAGCAUAUCAGAAUCUCUUGGACCAAUAGCAAGAGUUUUCCACAUUCAACUUAUACGACCGACAUUAUAAAAUACCAAAAAUUUAUACAGUAAAAUCAAGCCCCGACUUAUCCGUGGGAGAACUUAAAUGCGAGUAUAUACGGUAAAUAAUUUGUGACCAACAUGUUUGUGCAUCCUAGUACUGGAUUAUGUCUAUCGCAAUUGUCUGACAAGAUUCAUCUUUUAGUGCACUGCUUUUAUUUCAAUGCAGAGUUUGGAGAAAAAAAAAAAAAAAAAAGUUGUAUUCACAUGAAAAUUUUAAAAAUCCUGUUUUAUGAAAUAUUUAAUUGUAAAAAAUGCAGAGUUUAAAUUAAAUACUGUUCAUUUGUAAAGCUUGUUACUUAUUGCUUAUUAAAGUUACCCAAAGCUGAGAUUAAGAAGAAAUUAA